UACCUAAAAGAAGAAGCUCGGUCGGGCGCUACUGCACCACAGCACUGUAAUAACAUCAACUCAAUUGUACUAAGUGAGAAAAACCAGAGAUAAUUGAUCGCGUAAUAUCGUGCUAGAAUAUCUGGAAACACAGAUAAAUCUAAAUUGCGACGCAACAGUGCGUAUGUGUAGCAUCCACAAGAAGAGGCAGGCGUAGUCAAAAUGGACCAGGCGCCGGCAGAUACAGAACUGCGCAACAUCAUCGAUAAGUUGGCGCAGUUUGUUGCCAGAAAUGGGCCUGAGUUCGAGCAAAUGACCAAGAACAAACAGAAGGACAACCCGAAGUUCAGUUUCCUGUUUGGUGGAGAGUACUUUAACUACUACCAGUACAAAGUUACAACUGAACAAGCCAUUUUAAAACAAAAAGGAAUAAAUCCAAUGCAAAAUGCAGAUCCACGUUUAAACGUUUCGCAGCAGCAGCAAUCAGCAGUAGCAGUAGUUAACAAUGUAGGCAUACAUCAGAACAAUGGCUUAAAUUCAGUUCAAACAAACGUGGGAUCUGCAGGCAACCCCCCCAACAUGCAUAGCUCAGGUCCACCUCCUCAUUCAGGACCUGGGCAUCAUGCUGGACCUCCAAAUGCUGGGCCUGGACACAUACCUCCAGUACACAAUGCUGGUCAUAUGUCUGUUCAACAGAAUUCUGUUGGUAGAUCCACUUCUUGGUUGCAAACCGAAUUAUCCAAUCUUCAGUCACAGCAAACAACUCUUCAAGAUCAAGUGCGUCAAUCGGAACAAAACUUGGCUGCUCAGCAUGCUGCUCUAAUGGCUCAACAACAGGGAAGGGUAGAGGAUGCUGUGAGACAGGCGCAAGAAAAUACUUUGCAGACAAGUGCACAAAAUACUAAUACGGACUUGGCUACCUUUGAUUCUGUUCUUCAGCCUAUUAUUGAUAGUUGCACUAAGGACAGUAUAAGUGCAGGAAAAGCUUGGAUAUUACAGAAUUCUAUUACAUUAGAAAGUAAUCAAGUUAUAGCUGAACAUUUACUCAAGAGAGUAAUUCAAGAAACCACUUUUACUCAUAAACUUCAUAUUAUUUAUCUGGUAAAUGAUGUGUUGCAUCAUUGUGCUCGAAAAAAAUCAGUGGACUUGCGAAAAGCAAUGGAAAGUGUUGUGGUACCUAUGUUUUGUAAUACAUCAUUAGUUGCCACGGAAGAACAACUAAACAAAUUAAAUAAGCUUUUAAGUUUGUGGGAAUCAAAAAGUAAUUAUUUUGAAGAGGGCAUUAUAGAGAAGCUGAAGAAUCCUAGCGGCUCCUGGUCAGAUUAUCAGACGAGUUUAAUGACACAGCAUGCAGGUGCCAUCACUUCUAUCACCGCCACCACUAAGCAGACUUUUGAUAAUUAUCAAGCGCAGCAUCAGGCUUUCGUCAAUCAUGCGAUGAGGCAGAUUCAGAAUAUAGAACAGCAGAAAAUUGUAAUUGAUCGACAACUCAAAGCACCACCCUCUGCGCCAAUGCCAAGUCAACAAAAUGUACCACCGCAUUCCGGACCACCACCCAUAUCUGGGCCACCGCCAACACACUCUGGACCACCUGGACCACCUCCGCAUACAAAUCAUCCGCAUGAUGUCCCAUCAGGAGAUCAUCAAGGACCUCCUUAUGGAGGACCACCGCCACAUGGUGGACCACCGCCACAUAGUGGACCACCUCCACACGGUGGGCCACCCCCACACGGCGGACCACCUCCACAUGGCGGACCUCCACAUGGCGGACCACCUCCACACGGCGGACCACCACCAUCGCUUGACGGAAGACCACCUUAUAUUGGACGUCCAUCGCUUGAAGAUGGACCACCGUACGGAGGACCACCACCUCGCGAAGGACCACCUUAUGGUAGUCGGAUGCAGGACGAAGAUCCUCCGUAUGUUAACCGAUCUAGUCGAGAAGAUGUACCACCUUAUGGACAUUCACGCGAAGAAGGGCCGCCAUACAGAGGACAUCCACGUGACGAUGGGGGUCCACCCUAUGGUAGCCGACCCAAUCGUGAAGAAGGCUACGGCAGUCGAUCUCAUGAGGAAAGACCAUCCUACGGUCGACCUGAUCGUGAAGACGCAUUGUCUUACGGAGGACACCCACGUGAUGAAGGACCACCAUACGGGGGACAUCCAUGCGAAGAAGGGCCACCAUAUGGUAAUCACCCGCGUGAUGAUGGGCUUUAUGGAAGUCACCCGCAUGACGAUGGACCGUACGGGGCUCAACCUCGCGAUGAACCACCAUAUGGAAGUCGGCCACCUCGAGAACCUGGUCCUCCCUACGUAGGUCAACCGCGUGAUGAUAGGCCACCAUAUGGAGGUCAACCUCGUGAUGUACCAUCCUAUGGAGGUCAACCUCGUGAGGGACCUUAUGGACCACAUGACGGACCUCUUUACGGUGGUCCACCUCACGAUCCUCCGUAUGGCGGACCUCAUCAUUCAGGUCCUCCACAUGCUAGUCCUCCACAUGGUAGCAUGCAUCCGGAUUAUCCACCGCAUAGAGGUCCACCACACUCUGGGUCGCCUCAUGGUCCAUAUGGUCCACCUCACGGAGGUCCACAUGGUGGUCCUCCGCAUGGAGGCCCGCAUGGCCCUCAUCCAAGAGAUCAUCCAAGUAUGGGACCGCUUGGUGGGCCACCACAUGGAGCUAUGCCUCCUCACGGAGGUCCACCCCAUGGAGGAAUGCCACCUCAUCAUCAUGGUCCGCCACCACACGACUUGAACUUUAGUCAGCCGCCACCAAACUGGAAUCAUCCAGGUGGUCCGGGUGGUCCCGGUGGCCCAGGUGGCCCGGGUGGUCCAGGUGGUCCACCGCCUAAUCUUCCUUUGCCAGAUUUCUCCAAACCACCUCCAGGCUUUGGACCGCCAUCGGGAGGACCGCCACCUCUUAUGUCGCAGGAAGUUCAUAUACAGCCCGAAGACCUUAUGCCCAGCAUGCCGUACUUCGAACUUCCAGCUGGUCUCAUGGUGCCGUUGAUAAAACUUGAGGAUUACAAUUAUAAACCGCUUGAUGCUGAUGCCAUUAGAUUACCACCACCGGCACCACCAAGUGACAGACUAAUUGCUGCCGUCGACGCCUUUUAUGCGCCACCAAAUCACGAUUCGCCUAGAGAUAGUGACGGUUGGGAGAAAUUAGGCCUAUACGAGUACUAUAGAGCAAAAAAUACCGCAAAAAAGCGAAAGGAAGAUGACAUAAAGGCAGGCAUAAGACGGAAAUCGAAAUCACCGUCACCGAUACUUAGGCCACGGUCAAAGAGCCCUAGUCCACCAAAGAAACGUUACAGAAGCAAGUCGAAAAGUAGAUCGAGGUCAAGGUCACCAAAGGAAAGAGCAAGGAGUAGAUCUAGAUCGCCUGCGCCCACAACGCCCAAUCACAAUAGCCGACGAAGUAAUAGAAAUAGUCAUAGCAGCAGUCGCAAUAGAAGAAGGCGGAAUAAUAGCAAGAUAAACGAUGGACAAAUAUCGAACACACCACAUCGCUCGCCUGAUAGAAGACUCGAUCGUUCGGAUAGAAGUCCUACGCCACCUAGUUUUCUAGGUUCGACGUAUAGCAAAGCAACCCCAGACUCAAGUAUCGACGAGAGCAACAAGGGUCACCAGCUGCUGCGCAAGAUGGGAUGGGGUGGCGCAGGUCUCGGUGCUAACGAACAGGGCAUUGAAGCGCCGAUUUCGGGUGGCGAAAUACGCGACCGAGUUGAUCAAUAUAAGGGUGUAGGUAUAAAUCUUAACGAUCCUUACGAAACCUUCCGUAAAAGUAAGGGUCAAGCUUUCAUCACCAGAAUGAAAGCGAGAGCCGAGGAAAGAGCCGAGGAAAGGGGUGAUAGACCAGCUGAAAGAGAAUGAGACUAACUGUGCAUUUAAAAAGGGAAAAAAUGUUUUUGAUGUUGACAUGCGUGACGCAGUUGAGAUUGAUAAUAGACUAAUUUCGUGGACUAUUUACGAUUUUUACUGGAUAUACAUAUUGUAGCCGGACAAUUUUUAUGUCUCGACAACCGCGUGAUGAAUUGUGCGCUAAUUGUACAAAUUAAAUUAGGGAAUGAUAAGAUACAUACUUUUGAAAAAAAAAACAUUAAUCAUAAUGUUUAUUGAAAUGCUAUCGGUGACAAAAAAAAUGAAAGGAAAAAAUAACUUCCAAUACAUUUUUUUUCUGUGUUAUUUGUAUACCUUUGUUACCUCGUGUUUCUUCAUGAAGCUAGAAUGAUUAGUUUGAUUAAUCAUUGUUAUUAAUACCAGAAGAUAAUUCUCGUAUAAGUGAACAUCAACGUGAACGAUUGCGUGUUUGAAAAAUCAUCAUGAUGAUACUUGUAUUUAUAGAUCUAAUAUUAAGUUCAUUGAAUACAGUGUAACUAGACUCAAA